AUGGAGGAGCGCGGGUCGCAGAGGCACGCCAGUCGCACGUCAAGCACCAAAAACCACUCUCCCAUCAGUUCCCCCGGCCAGUCGUCUCCUGUGCGCUCCUCUCACCAUUCGUCCAACCGGUCCCCGAACCUAACCCCGGACCAAACCCCCGAGCACUCGCCGAACCAGACGCCGGACAUGUCUCCAAGCUACAGAGGCUCGGGAGAGGAGUACCCGUAUGGCUCGGAGGCGUCCGAGCCAGGACAGCAGGAAUGGCACCAGCAGCAGCAGCAGCACCAGCAAUACCACCACCAACACUCCCACACGUCACCAGCAGCAGGAGGAGGAAGAGCAGCAGCAGCAGCAGGAAUGGCAGUGGGUGGUUAUGGUGGUAACCCUAUUGGUGGUAACAGGCGCGCAGGUAACCCCAGAGGCGGCAGCUCUGGUGCGGCUGCGGCAGCAGCGGCUUUCCCCAAGUCCCAGUCCACCCCUGGCGGGCCAAGAGACUCGGCUGUAGCAGCUACAGGCAGGAGGGGCAGGAGGGAUAGCAGUGGCGGCAGCAGCAGUGGCGGAAGCAGGAGAGGAAGCAGGGGAGGAGGGGGGGAGAGCGGUGCAAGUGGAGGGGGGUAUGAGGAGGGGUGGGUGAGAGAAACGCACAGUGAAGGGGAGGAAUUUUCAGAAGGGGAAGAGGAGGAGGAAGAGGAGGAAGAGGAGGAGGAGGAAGAGGGGGAGGAGGGGGAGGAGGAAGAGGAGGAAGAGGAGGAGGAGGAAGAGGGGGAGGAAGGGGAAGGGGAGGAGGAUGAUGAUGUGUAUUACGAGUCCAAGGUGUUGGGGGAUGAGCCCAUCUCAAGGCGACGAGUGGUGGAGCUGCUAGAUCAGAUGGACGCGUUCAUAGAGGAGGGGCCGCACUGCAAGCUGGACGAGUACCUGCCCGCCAUUGACCUGCUGCUCAGCGUCAGGGCGCUGCUGCUGGAGGCUCGUGACAAGGAGACCGGACGGCGCGCGGACGGCAUGCUUCGGCGGGCCAUGGAGGACCUGGAGUACGAAUUUCGGGACAUCUUGUCGAGAAGGAGCCAGCAGGCAUCCACGCGAUUCACAGUCGACACUCUCUCCCGCAUCUUCCACCGCAACUUCUACCCUCCUGCUGCCACCUCCGCCGCUGCUGCAGCUGCUGCUGCCGCAACCAGCAGCGUUAGCACCAGCAGCAGCUCCCCUGAGAGCGGUGUGACAGGGGGUACCAGCGCGAGCAGCAGCAGGAACAGCACAGGGGGAGUGGGAGGGGCGGGAGGGGGCGGAGGGGGCGGAGGGGAAGGGGGUGUUGGCGGAGAGGGGAUUGGGGGUUUGGAUGAGGGGGAGUUGGAGGAUGCGGAUUCGCUGCAUGUGCUGCCGGAAAUUGCCGCCCGGUGGCUGAACCAGACGGCCGCCCGGCUGGUGGCGGGAGGGGAGAGCGUGCGCUGCGUGGAGGCCUUCAGGUCGGUGCGAGUGGACAGCCUCAAGGGCGCGCUGCAGCGGCUGGAGAGUGAGAGGCCGUGGAUGGUGACAGCAGGGCAGAUCGCAGACAUGCCAUGGGCGGAAUUGGAGCCGCUCAGCAAGCAGUGGACUCAGGAUAUGUACAUUCUGGGUCGUCUGCUCCUGGGCAUGGAGAGGAGGACAGCAGCAGCCGUGUGGCGAGGCAUGCAGGUGCACAAACGAGGAGCACUAAGAGCAAUCCUGGAGGACAGCGGAAUGGGCAAGCGCACAGCGGAGCACGCCUUGAUCCUCCACCCUUCUCCCCAUUCCCCCCCCUUUCCUUUCUCCCCCCUCUCUCAGGUGCACGAGCGCGGGGCGCUGAGGGCAAUACUGGAGGACAGCGGGAUGGGCAAGCGCAUAGCUGAGCACGCCUUGAUCCUCCGCGCCAUUAUCGCCCGCAACCUGCCCGAGCAGCUCUUCUCGCUGCUCGAUGCUUUCCGGGCUGCCCAAGAAGUCAUGCCAGAGCUAUCCGCCACGAUCAACCUUCUCAAGAUGGAGGCGGUGUGGCCGGCCUGCCAGCACCUCCCGCUGCUCAUCGCGCGGGCCGUGGCCGACACAUUCGACCGCUUCAAAGCCCUCCUCGAGACCUCCACUAAGUCCGCCCAGGCCAUGGCUGCUGCUGCCCCGCCCCUCUCCUCCUCCUCUGCUUCCCCCUCCCCCUCUGCAUCUGGUGCUGCUGCUGCCGCUGCUGGGGAGGCAGUGGGCGGUGGAGGAGGGGAGGGUGGAGAAGGGGAGAAGAAAGCAUCACUUGCAAAGUUGUUCAGAAUGCCGUUCCUGGGUCGCACAGUGAGCACCAUAUCAGCAUCACCAGCAGCAGACGAGAGCACUAAAAUGCCGUUCCUGGGUCGCAAUGCGAGCACCACCUCGGCAUCGCCAGCAGCGGAGGAGAGCACGCAGGACGCCAUGCCCCCGGGGGGAGUAGUUGAUCCAAUCACCAGCUACGUGGCCAACUAUAUCCGCAGCUACAUGCGCCGCGUCCCAUCCACCCACAACAGCUAUCUCGACGUGCUCGCCUCGCUCUUUCACCUGCUGGAGGAACAAGGAGCAGCGAGUGACGAGGAGGAGGAAGAGGCGGAUGGGGGAGAAGGAGAGAAGGAGGGCGGCAAAGGGAGCAAGUCGAAGGGCGAUGGGAAGACCGCAGGCGGCGGGAAGGCGGCGGGUGGGAAGGGGGACAGCGGGAGAGACGGUGGGAAAGACGGUGGGAAGGCGGGGGAUGGGAAGUGGAAGCGAGGGGGAGGGCAGCAGCACGCGGGGAGGAGUGCGGAGAGUGAGACGGCGCACCUGCUGAGCGCGCUGGUGGUGAAUCUGGAGGCACGCGGUGGGCUGUAUCGCGAGGAAGAGCUGCAGCACCUGUUCCUCAUGAACAACACUCACUACCUCGUGCAGUCCGCAGCUGACUGGUACCGCUGGCACGUGGACAGCCUGAACCACCCACUCUCACAAGCUCGCAAGGAGGGCGCGAGGGACCUGACAGCAGCCAUGGCGGAUCUGAGGGACGGCCACAUUGUGCAGCUUCAUGCUACAGCCUUUCAGAGCCGCGCGCUGGCUGCUGUCAUGGCAGCACUCACAGAUGAGCCUCCCCGGGGCACACCUGACUCUGUCAAGCUCAGACUCAACAGGUUGCGGCGGUUCAACGGGGCGUUUGAGGCGCUGGUGGCGAGGCAGCGGCGGUGGUGCAUUCCCGAUGAGGAGCUGCGGAGGAAGACCCGCGCCAAGUGGUCUACUGUGCUGCGCGAGCGAUACCGCAAGAUGCUGCUGCCCUUCUGGGAUGACUUGACUUCAAGUAAGCUGUUUGUGUACACUCCGGAAAGCAUUGAGGCGACAAUUUCAGAGACAUUUUUUAUAGGCCCGAGCACUUAG